CACGCCCCUCCCCUGACCUGUGGCCAGGCUGCCUGGGGAGGGCAAAUUGUGUGAAGUUGUCAAAGGUUGCUUUGCUCUCCAGCACUUGGCACAGGCUCCGCUGAAAUGCGAUGCCGUUGGUUUUCAGGAGAGGUUCCUUUCUGCAGGGCUGCAAAGAGAUCAGCUGGUACUGUGUCUCCACCGGCGAGCCAAUCCACCCGACAGACAGAGCAGCCUUUUUAACCCCGAGACUUUCCACGAGCUCCUGUCCACGCAGGAAGUUUCCCUCUGCGGCUCAGCUUCGGCACCGAGCUCCUGCCGACAGAGCCAAGCCUGGCUGCCUGCUGCACAGAGCCGAGGCUUCCUUAAGACAUUUGUCCUUGAAACUGCACCAAAGUCUUGGAAGGACCCAGGACGUGCUGGUAAGGCCUGGCCGAAGUUGUGUGAAGUGCCAAAGAGCUGACAAUUUACUGGAUCAUCAAUGAAAUGAAUGAAUUCCUAUUAAAUUAUGAAGAUAUAAAGAGGAAAUCUGACGCUAACAUUAUUACAGUUUGAAAGGCUUCUCUGCAGAAUGUCCAACAAAGAUCGACACAUUGAUUCCAGCUGUUCGUCCUUCAUCAAGACGGAACCCUCCAGCCCAGCCUCCCUGACGGACAGUGUCAACCAACACAGCCCAGGGGGCUCCUCGGACGCCAGCGGGAGCUACAGUUCCACCAUGAAUGGCCACCAGAACGGACUGGACUCGCCCCCGCUCUACCCCUCCGCCCCUCUGCUUGGCGGCAGUGGGCCGGUAAGGAAGCUGUACGAUGACUGUUCCAGCACCAUUGUGGAGGACCCGCAGACCAAGUGUGAGUACAUGCUCAACUCCAUGCCCAAGAGACUGUGCUUGGUGUGCGGCGACAUUGCGUCUGGCUACCACUAUGGUGUGGCAUCCUGCGAAGCCUGCAAGGCCUUCUUUAAGAGGACGAUCCAAGGUAACAUCGAGUAUAGCUGCCCAGCGACGAACGAAUGUGAAAUCACGAAGCGUAGACGUAAAUCGUGCCAGGCUUGCCGCUUCAUGAAGUGUUUGAAAGUGGGCAUGCUGAAGGAAGGUGUUCGUCUUGACAGAGUACGUGGAGGCCGGCAGAAGUACAAACGCAGAAUAGAUGCAGAGAACAGCCCCUACCUGAACCCUCAGCUUGUUCAGCCAGCCAAAAAGCCAUAUAACAAGAUUGUCUCACAUUUGUUGGUGGCCGAACCCGAGAAGAUCUAUGCCAUGCCAGAUCCCACUGUGCCCGACAGUGACAUCAAAGCUCUCACGACAUUGUGUGACCUGGCUGACCGGGAGUUGGUGGUCAUCAUUGGAUGGGCAAAGCAUAUUCCAGGCUUCUCCACACUGUCCCUGGCGGAUCAGAUGAGCCUCCUGCAGAGCGCUUGGAUGGAGAUUUUGAUCCUUGGUGUCGUAUACCGAUCGCUUUCCUUUGAGGACGAACUUGUCUAUGCAGAUGAUUAUAUAAUGGAUGAAGACCAAUCCAAAUUAGCAGGGCUUCUUGACCUCAAUAAUGCUAUCCUGCAGCUGGUAAAGAAAUACAAGAGCAUGAAGCUGGAGAAAGAAGAGUUUGUCACCCUCAAAGCAAUCGCUCUUGCUAAUUCAGAUUCUAUGCAUAUAGAGGACGUGGAGGCGGUCCAGAAGCUCCAGGAUGUCUUACAUGAGGCACUGCAGGAUUACGAGGCUGGCCAACACAUGGAAGACCCACGCCGGGCAGGCAAGAUGCUGAUGACACUACCCCUGCUGAGGCAGACCUCCACCAAGGCAGUGCAGCACUUCUACAACAUCAAACUGGAAGGCAAGGUCCCCAUGCACAAACUUUUUUUGGAAAUGUUGGAGGCCAAGGUCUGACUAAAAGCCUCCUGGGCCCUCCUAUCCUGCACGCCUGCAAAAGGGAAUAAACCACCCCAAGAGGGCUGUCCAAGAAACAGUAGAGUUUAGUUACCAACAUCAGAAAUCAACAAGGACUGCCCUGAUCUUGGAGCAGCAAGACUAGGAAGCAGCAUUCCCACCCUGCUCUUUCUUCAUUAGUAAUUUCUUUCUCCCUGUCUCUGCUUCUCCUCCUCUGCCUGCUCACUUCUUUCCCUCCCUGCUUUGCUCCCUGUGUCUAACUCCUUUCUGCCUCACUUCUUGACUUCCUUAAUUACUGGUGGCUCCCUUUCUUCUUCGCUUAUUUCCCCUCCCUCCCUCCCUCCUUCCAUAUCGCUCUCUUUUUUUCUCAGCCUCCUUCUGUUCUAUUGAAUUUUUAAUGCAUCUCCUAAGAAAAUUCUUCUUCCUUCCUCCUGCACUCUCUCCCUCUUUCCUUCCUUCUUUCCUCUGCUGCUAAACUCUUAAAGAAGUCGCUAAUUGAACAGAGAUGGAAGCCAGCCCUGCCAAAGGAUGGAGGAUCCAUAAUAUGGAUGCCAGUGAAUUUAUUGUGAACCAUAAUGUCCCCAGUGACUAAGGAAUCAAAGAGAGAGAACCAUCGUCCCUAAAAGGACAGUGCAACUUAAGCAAAUUGACAGUGCAGUAUUAGAUUUCAUGGGGGCAGCCUCUAAUUAGCCAACUCAAGCAACGUUGCCUCGGCUGCUUCUCAUCAUUGCUUUUCCAUCUAGAUCAGUUACAGCCAUUUGAUUCCUUAAUUGUUUUUUCAAGUCUUCCAGGUAUUGGUUAGUUUAACUACUAUGUAACUUUUUCAGGGAAUAGUUUAAGCUUUAUUCAUUCAUGCAAUACUAAAGAAAAUAAGAAUACUGCGAUUUUGCGCUGGCUUUGAACAAUGAUGAACAAUAAAAAUGAAGGAUACAUGAAUCCUGAAGGAAGAUUUUUAAAGAUUAAAAAACAAAUGUUUUGUUUCUUCUUAUAAAUGGAGAUUUUUUUGUACCAGCUUUACCACUUUUCAGCCAUUUAUUAAUAUGGGAAUUUAACUUACUCAAGCAAUAGUUGAAGGAAGGUGCAUACAUCUCGGAUGCAAUCUAUGUCGUGUGCCGUUCUGGUCCCAGACAUCCAUUUUCAUGAGCUCCAGUGUACCUAAAUGUUCAUGAUGUGAGGAUUAGAACAUACCUGCCGUGACUCACAGCCGUCGCCCACGUAAGCCCUGCGCACGGAAUCCAGACCCACAUAGCCAUCAGGAGGAAAACACCUCUCUCCCGGGCGGUGCAGUGGCCUUCUGAUUUCUAGUUGCCUCGGUGAUUAGUAAUGAGACCCUGUGUGAAAUGACAGUUCUUGUCCCAGAAGGAACUGUGAGCCAGUUAAGCAUUUUUUGAGGCAAUAAGGCAAAAGCCAGAAUUUGGGGCAAAAAAUAAAUGUAUCUCUUAUCAAAGACAGCAGACGCCUGACCAAAUUCUAAUAUGUAAUCUCUGAGUUGAUUCAUUUAGGAAUGUUUGUUUAAAUUAAUCUGCAGUUUUACCAAUUACUCAGCCAAUAAGUGUGCUUUUCAACCAGUUCGAUCACAGCAAGAAAGUCAGUCAGGUUCCAGACUGUUAAUAGGUGUAAUCUAAUGAAGAAAUCAAUUAGAUACCCCAGAAAUCUGCAGUCGCUGAAUAACCAAUAAACAGUAACCUCCAUCAAAUGCUAUACCAAUGGACCAGUGUUAGUAGCUGCUCCCUGUACUAUGUGAAUGGUCUUAUUCUAUGUACACAGAUGUAAUUAAAAUUGUAAUCCUAACAAGCAAAAGAAAUGUAGUUCAGCUUUUCAAUGUUUCAUGUUUGCUGUGCUUUUCUGAAUUUUAUGUUGCAUUCAAAGAUUGUUGUCUUGUUCUUGUGGCGUUUGGAUUCUUGUGGUGUGUGCUUUUAGACACAGGGUAGAAUUAGAGACAAUAUUGGAUGUACAAUUCCUCAGGAGACUACAAUAGUAUAUUCUUUACCAGUAAUAAGGUUCUUCCUACUAAUAAUUAAGAGAUCGAAACUCCAAACAAGUAUUCAUUAUGAACAGAUACACAUCAAAAUCAUAAUAUUUUCAAAACAAGGAAUAAUUUCUCUAAUGGUUUAUUAUAGAAUACCAAUGUAUAGCUUAGAAAUAAAACUUUGAAUAUUUCAAGAAUAUAGAUAAGUCUAAUUUUUAAAUGCUGUAUAUAUGGCUUUCACUCAACGGAUCUCUCAGAUGUUGUUAUUAACUUUCUCUGUGUUGUUGCAAAACUCUUUGGUGCGGACACGUUUCCAAAACUACUGCUACUUUGUGUGCUUUAAACAAAAUACCUUGGGCUGGUGCUUCAUCAGCCUAGCGCUAGGAAUACUGUGUAUCUAUCAUUAGCUAUAUGGGACUAUAUGGGAGUAUGUUGUAGAUUGUGGUUUCUCAGUAGAGAAGUGAUUGUAGUGUGAUUCUAGAUAAAUCAUCAUUAGCAAUUCAUUCAGAUGGUCAAUAACUUGAAAUUUAUAGCUGUGAUAGGGGUUCAGAAAUUGGCACAUCCCUUUAAAAAUAACAACAGCAAAAUACAACUCCUGGGAAUAAACAAAAGGUGCUGAUUCUCUAACAUUAUUUCUGUAUGUGUUUUAAAAAAAAGAUUCUUUUUCCAGAAAGUUUCUGCAGGGUUUUAGUUGCUACUAUUCAACCACACUAUAUCUAGAGAAAGUCUGUCCAAUGUAUGCAUUGCUUUUACUGUAUCACAUUAAAGUACUUGGGCUUCAGAAAUAAAAACUGACCAACUGAAAAUAGGAGUUGGAGAUAGAUGGGAAAAGAAGGAAGUAUGAUUUUUAGUUUUCAAUCUAAGUGACUCAGCAUUACAAAAGACCAAGUUCCUCACAACUAGGAAACACAACCAAAACUCAGAGCUAAAAAGAACUGCACGGGCUUUAGGGUAAAAUGCUCAUCUCACACCUCACGGGAGGUAAGUUUUUUUCAUGUUUCAAGCAAGACCAUUUACUUAAUGUGAAGUUUUGGAAAGUUGCCAAGUUGUACAUUUUAGCCAUGUGAUUUUUUUAAUGUUACAUUUGCUUCUUUGAGGUUUUUUUCUUAUUUAAAGCAAUAUGAUUGUGUGACUCCCUGUGGUUACAUUUGUGUUCCAAUCAGAUUAGAUUGUUGUAUUUAUUCCACUAUUUUGCAUUUAAAUGAUAACAUAAAAGAUAUAAAAAAUUUAAAACUGCUAUUUUUCUUAUAGAAGAGAAAAUGGGUGUUGGUGAUUGUAUUUUAAUUAUUUAAGCGUCUCUGUUUACCUGCCUAGGAAAACAUUUUAUGGCAGUCUUAUGUGCAAAGAUCGUAAAAGGACAAAAAAUUUAAACUGCUUAUAAUAAUCCAGGAGUUGCAUUAUAGCCAGUAGUAAAAAUAAUAAUAAUAAUAAUAAUAAUAAUAAUAAACCAUGUCUAUAGCUGUAGGUGGGUUUCACAUCUGUAAAGCAAUCAAUUGUAUAUUUUUGUGAUGUGUACCAUACCGUGUGCUACCACAGAUGUCAUUUGUGUGAAUUUAUUUAUUUUAUAUUGUAUAUAUUGUUAAAUGCAAAAAGGAGAUAUGAUUCUGUAACUCCAAUCAGUUCAGAUGUGUAACUCAAAUUAUUAUACCUUUCAGGAUGAUAGUAGAGCAAUAUUAAACAAGCUUACACUUUUGA